AUGAUUUUCAAUAGACUGUUUAAAAAAAAACUCGAAAUUGAAGUUGACUUGUAUAUACUAAAGAAGGAGUCUACACCGCUGGCUUUGGACGCAAAAUUAAGUAUUAACAAAAAUGAAAUAUCAAUUUAUAAUUCUUCAAAAAAAUACAUAUUUAAUGAAAACAAUAUUCAUGAUUUUAAAUACCAUGAAAUAGAAAUGUGCCAGUUUAAAUAUUUGCAAAAUGGACUAGUAGAGGAAUAUGGGUUAGUUUUUUCGGAAAUGAAAAAUAUGUACUAUUUUUAUAAGUAUAUAAUGCUUAGUUAUUUAAAUGGAAAUAUAAUUUUAACUCGGAAAAUAAAUUUGUAUAAAUAUACUCAAUUUGAAAAAAAAAUAUUCAAAAAAAAUUAUUUUGGGGUUUUAAUUUUUAAUACGUCAAAAUGUGAGCAUAUAUUGGUGAUCGUUAGAUCAAAUAAAAUAAAAAAUGGAAAAUGUGCAAAUAUUCAAGGAAAUGAAAAAGAUGUUAUAAAUAUAGAUUUAUCGACAUUGGAAACAAACCACGAAGAAAAUAAAUGCAUUAACGUCUCUGAUGAAACAAAGAGUGAAUUAGUAUAUGAUAAGGAAUGUGAAAAAUACUACGAAGAAUUUAGUAUAAAAAACCUUAAAGAAUUAUAUAAAAGGAAUAAAAUAUUUUUAAUAUAUAUCCUAAACACUUUUAAUGAUAUUUAUUUGGGAAGUGAAUCUAUUGGUCUCCAUAUACAAAAAUAUUUUAUUAGUAACAUGCUCAAAUUUGUUGAAUAUAAAACAUUAUAUUCUGAUGGGGAAAAUUAUAAAAAAUAUUAUGUAGAGGGUAGUGAAAGUGGCGAAAAUACUUCUAAUAGUGCUAAUAUUGAUGAUAAAGGAAAUACAAAUAUUUGUGGAAUGAAAAAGGGGGAAGAACAAACAGUUUUAGAAGACAAUGCUUAUGAUAAUUUUCAAAUUGAACAAAUGGAAACAUCCAAGCUUUCAAAUUGUGAUAAAAAAGAAAAUGAAAAAAAGAAAAAUGGGAAAAAAAAAAACAUAAAAAAAAAUGAAAAUUCUCAAAAAAAUAAUCACGAAAAAUGUCUAUCCAUAAAUUCUGACAAAAUAAACAAAGAUAACAAUGGUGAUAAUAAUCAUAAUGAAGGAAACGAAUUAAAUAAAUUAAAUGAAAAGGUUCUAGUUAUUAUAGAAUCGAAUAAAAUAUUAAUAGAAUAUAUUCGAAAUAUAUUGAUAUAUAGGCACGAUUUUAAAAACGAUAUAAUUCACAUAAAACAAAAUUAUGCUGAUAUACAUUUAAAUUCCCAAGUAUGUGGAAAAUAUAGCGAUAUGGAUGAAAAAGAGCAAAAUGGAAGUAGAGGCAGUGAUAAUGAUAAAGAAUAUAACGAUAAUAAUAAAACAAAGCAUUACUCAAUAUUAUAUGAUUUUGAAAAUUCUGAUAAUAUAGAUGAUAAUGAUUCAGAUACUGAUAUGAAAUAUAAAUAUGUAAAUACAAAUGAUAAGUAUUCGUUUGUUUUUAGACAAAAUUAUAUUCCAUCAAAAGGACGAUGGAAUAAUAAAAAUAGAUGGACCGAACGAAGAGAAAAAAGAGAUCAUAUUAUGGGCAAAAUACAGACCGAACAAAAUGAAAUGAAUUAUGAUAAUGUGUUUAACGAUUUAAGCAUUUACAAAUUUGAUGAAUAUGGAAAGGAAAAGAAAAUAUAUAAUUCCCCCCAAAAAUUAUUUGAAUAUAGAAAUGAGAAAUGUAUACCAAAGAAUGCACAUAUUAACGAUAAUGAAGGAACUAAAAUAAUAGUAUUAAAUGAAAAGAAUGAAAAUAAUUUAUUUAUGAUUGAUGUGAAUAGUGAAAAGAUAAUACAAAAAUGGGAUACUGAAUAUAUACCUAUAAUAGAACUAUUAAAAAAAGAAGAAAAUAUUUAUUGUGGUUAUAAUAAAAGUAGCUUAUACUAUGUUGAUACACGAAUCAAAAAUUGUAUACAAAACCAAUUACAAUAUAGCAAAAAUACUCCAAGUAUUGAACAUGCCAGUAUGGAUAAAUAUGGAAGAAUAGCAUUAUCAAAUACACAUGGUGAAAUAAAAUAUUUUGAUGGUAAAUUAAAUAAAUAUAAUACAAUAAAAAAUUGCAAAAAUUCUAUUUUUUGUUCAAAUGAGAUUGUUGAUUUAAUUGUAUCACAAGACGGUUUAUAUUCUGUAAUUACAUGCGAACAAAAUGUAAUAAUUUGUGAAAAUGUAAUAGAAAAUAACAACAGUAACGAUAAUGUUUUUGAAAAAUUAAUUAAAAAAUCUGAUCGUUCAAAACAAAAAAAAAUACUUCUCCAAAUACAUUAUAUUGAUGUAUUUACAUAUAACCUUGGAAAUUAUGUAUUUAUUAAAAGUCUAAUAAAUAAUGAUAGCACUUUAAUAUUUACCUUUUCCAAAAAGUUUUAUGUAGUAUGGUAUUUAAGGGAAGCAAUUAAUAAUCAAAUUUCCUAUAUUAUUAAAAAGGUUAAUGAUAAUAUUUCUGAUAUGUCAUUUUAUAAUACAAACAACAUCCAGGGAAUUAUUAUGGCUACUGAAAAUUCUCUUAAGUCUAAACAAAUUAACUAUAUAUAA